CAUGUUGGUACACAGUAGUCCUGCUUGUGGGGUGGAGACAUAGAGAUAUAGGCACCGCUACUGUACUGGAAUUAUUUUCACCACCAUUUUCGUUUGAGAAAAAGUCCGCAUUUUGGUUGUAAGAUGCCGUUUGGAACGGUUCUAGCCAUAGGGCUACUACUUGUAGCGAGCGUUGCGGCUGAUAUAGACUUCGUGUAUCACAACUACACCGAGUUGACGCGCGUUCUUACGGAGACGGCGUUACAGUGCCCGGAGAUCAUGCAGGUCUAUACGGUGGGGCAGAGCGUGCAGGGCCGGGAACUCUGGGUCAUGGAGAUCAGCGACAACCUGGGCGACCACGAGCCAGGUGAACCAGAGUUCAAGUAUGUGGGAAACAUGCACGGUAACGAGGUGGUUGGACGUGAGAUCCUUGUGUACCUGGUACAGUACAUCUGUGAUCAGUACUCCGCAGGAGACAGCCGCAUCAGGAGCCUGGUGCACGAGACUAGGAUCCACAUCAUGCCCUCCAUGAACCCGGACGGCUUCGAGUUCGCUGAAGCUUAUACCCCUCCAUCCAGCCCGAACCAGACGGACUGGUCCUAUCUGGCUGGCCGGUACUCUUUCUUCGAUAACGGGGAGCGCUACGACGGGUUCAACGGCACGGACCUGAACCGGAACUUCCCGGACCUGAACUCGGUGGUCUACCGGUACGAGAACACCUCCGGGCCGAACCACCACCUCAGCGUGCCCGACGACUUCUGGACGGGCAAGAGCCCCGCGCCAGAAACCCUCCGGGUGAUGGACUGGAUUCUCCGCUAUCCCUUCGUCCUCUCGGCGAACCUUCACGGGGGCGAACUCGUCUCCAACUACCCGUACGACUUGUCCCGAACCUAUCCGGCCAAUCCCGACGCCUACACGAUGUGUCCCGACGACGAGGUGUUCCGAGAACUUGCGAAGGCCUACUCCCUGCCGCACGGCACCAUGGCGAAGUGCGGGGUGACCCAACCGUGCGAUACCGACGACUUCGCCUGUCGGGACGGCAUCACCAACGGGGCCGACUGGUACAGCGUCACGGGGGGUAUGCAGGACUUUAACUACCUUGCCUCGAACUGCUUUGAAAUCACGCUGGAACUGUCGUGUAACAAGUUCCCACCUGAGAGCGAACUGAUGCAGUUCUGGGAAGACAACAGGGAGGCGCUUUUGCAAUUCAUGGAAAAGGUGCACAGCGGCAUCAAAGGGUUCGUGAGAGACGCCAACAACAACGGCAUCGCUGACGCCGUCAUCUCUGUCAGGGGUAUCAACCAUGACGUUACAACAGCGCGUGACGGUGACUACUGGCGGCUGCUGGUGCCGGGUACGUACCGCGUGACGGCGUCGUGGGGCGGCUGGAGUCAGGAGAAGACCUGUACAGCCGCUAACCGAGCCGGGAGAUGUGACUUCGUCCUGGGGGCACCUCCCACCCGGCCGCCCGGCACUUCUAACGGGAACUCCGGCAGGGCGCUGGUCUGGAGCUUCGUGUUGGCGGCCGCUGUGUUAGUCUUCAGUUGACUGUGAUUUAAAAAUUUUAAACCACGAAAAGAAAACUCUACAUUCGCUAAAGAUUUGAUUUAUUACAUCUGUAGCUUCGUGUUGGCCAUUGCAGUGCUUGUCUUCAGUUGGCUGUAAUUUUUUUAACCACGAAAAGAAAACUCUACCCUCAUUAACUCGGCUGUAUGAAAUGAUACAGCCAGGACUGUCAAACUAGCGGGAGGCUAGUUGAAAGGACUAGCUCCGGUAACUGGACUAAUAGUACAAUAAGAACCGUUACAAUGCUGAUUUCAGUGCGUUAACAGACUGAGGUAGCUUUUACAAUGCUCGUUCAAAUACGUUAACAGAAGUAACUUAACAAUGCUCAUUCAAAUUAAAUCGCUGCUUCGCUUCGCCUUGCUAAAGGUUAAAGUAAUAGUAUUUUUUAUGCCACAUACAUGUAGAAUAGCCGUCUGCCAUACAUUCAGAUUUCGCGCCUAUGUUAUGACUGACGUGGUAAUUUCGCCCUUUCAAACAAUAAUAAAACCAAGCCUGACUGGUUAGAUUGAAGGGAAGAUUGGGCUGCACAAUGGUAGAUGACCUUUCGUGAGGGCACUGCCAGAUAAUGCUGGGCGUAGCUGCAAUUGUCUCCACGCAACCGUAAUCAUACACUGCUAAUAUAAGGCCCGGGAAAAAUCUUGUGUUUCGGGUUUUCAUCGAGAUCAUGAAUAUGCAGUGUUUCUCUUUUUUUCUUUUUCUUUCCUUUAAGAUUUCUGUUGUGGUAUCGUAACAAAUAUAGUUUAAUUUAUCGCAACGUGAAAAUAAAAUGCAUCAGAACCAGUGCUGUCUACAGGAUACCUAGGAGCCGUCCCUCCGUUUACUUUUGAAAAAAAAAAACACUAGUAUUUCACCUGGUGUACUCAAUAAAAUACUGAUUUCUAAAAAUGCGCGUGGGGUACUAGUAUUAGUGAUGUGUCAGAUGGUUUGAAAUUCAGAUGUCAGAUCGACGAAACUUGUGUGCCCUUUCCAGCGGUCAACCUGCAAAAAAGACAAGGCUGGACAGGUUUUUGAUACGGUCGAUCGGAGACCACAAAUAUAGCAUGUUUUCACAAUGCUAAUCAUCUUUGUCAUAGCGAUAACGACCUUUUAAGGGUUUAUAUAUGGGUUUUAAUCGGAUUAAGGUUCCUCCUGUAUCUAAUACUUGCUAUUAAGGCCAUGUUGAUUUGAUUAUAUGGAUGACAUCCACGCGCGCAUGAAUUUUUGUCCGCUUCUAAGAAAGAAAGUUUUCUACCAUCUGAGUUCACACGGCAUGUGUGUAGUCUGUAGUGUGUUUGUCUGCACGUAGUCUGUGGAGUUUUGA